AUGCCGGCAACGUGUAACACUGUGUGCCAAAAUGGAGGUCGCUGUAUCGGUCCAAAUCGCUGUGCUUGUACAUACGGCUUUGGUGGUGUUUCUUGUGAGAAUGAUUUGCGAACAGGACCGUGUUUUACGCAAGUUUCAAACUCACAGUGCAAAGGACAGCUGACCGGUGUUGUAUGUACUAAGGCUCUUUGCUGUGCCACCAUUGGAAAAGCGUGGGGUAAUCCUUGUGAACAGUGUCCCCAUCAGCCUUAUCCUUGUCGCCGAGGGUAUAUACUCAACCCACAAGCCAAUUCUUGCCAAGAUGUGGACGAAUGCAAAGCGAUUCCUGGUUUGUGUGUGGGGGGCAAGUGUAUUAACAAUGUUGGUUCCUAUGUCUGCGAAUGCAAAGAAGGACAGAAACAAAAUCCAUUGACUAAUCUAUGUGAAGACAUUGACGAGUGCCGUGAUAGGCUGGGAAUUUGUCAAAAUGGCCGGUGCAUCAAUACUGAAGGCAGUUAUUUCUGUGAUUGCAAUAUAGAUUUUGAAUUAAGUCCUGACAAAACAAGAUGUGUCCCUGUUCGCAAAAUGCGGUGCUUUCUUCACAUUCGAAACCGCCAAUGUGUGAAUCCUACAUCGGGAUCUCGAACCACAUACCGUAACUGUUGUUGCGAGCAAGGAGGUUACGGUUGGGGAGACCGGCACAACUGUCACAUCUGUCCAUUGGCGCAGUCAAAUGACGAAAGGAAAUUGUGCAAAACCUUUCAAGAACCUUUAAAGAAGCCUGAGGAGGGAGAUAAAAACUGCAGAGACUACAGUAAUUGCGAAAACGGCAGAUGCACCGAAAUCAGGGGUAAUAUCAAAUGUAUAUGUCUUCCCGGUUUUGAACAGGAUGCCAGUGGUUCAUGUGUUGAUAAGGAUGAAUGCGUUGAUGAAGUGUGCCACAAUGGAGAGUGCAAGAACACUCUUGGAAGUUUCAUCUGCAUUUGCGAAGAUGGUUUUGUCUUGUCCAAAGAUGGAAGAGCGUGUACAGAUAUGAAUGAAUGUGAGAAAGACAACAUGUGCCCCAAUGGCGUUUGUGUAAAUAUGAAUGGUUCUUACAAAUGCAAAUGUAACCCGGGCUACCAGCAAUCACCGAACCAGCAAAUCUGUUAUGAUAUAAAUGAAUGUACUAAUAAUGGUAAGUUGUGUCUGAAUGGUCAGUGCCACAAUAGCCCAGGAAGUUAUUAUUGCCAGUGCAACAAAGGCUACAGUUUGUCACCAGAUGGCGCUUUCUGUCUUGAUUACAACGAAUGUUCUUUCAAUAGAAUGUGUACGAAUGGAAUGUGUGUCAACAUGGAUGGCAGCUUUAAAUGUAUUUGCAAUCUCGGCUACACCCUUUCUGCUGGCGGAGAAGUCUGUAUAGACGUGAACGAGUGUGUGAAUGAUCCGAAUAUUUGCAUCAAUGGACAAUGCAUUAACAACCAAGGAAGCUUCAAGUGCAUUUGUUUUGAGGGUUAUAUUUUGCAGUCUGAUGGCAAAACUUGUCGCGAUACCAGAAGAGGCUUAUGUUAUACUCAGGUGCGCCGUGGCCAGUGUAGUAAUCCUUCUUUUACCGCCGUAACCAAAUCAACCUGUUGCUGUAUGGAAGAUAACAGCAACAAUGGAUGGGGUUAUCCUUGUGAGGUCUGUCCAAAAUCUGGAGACCCACAUUACAGAACAGUCUGCCCACACGGACCUGGCAAAAAUGGCAAUGGAGGAGGAAUAAACGAAUGUGCCAUGUAUCCAGAUGCUUGUGAAAAUGGAGCCUGUGAAGAUUUGGAUAUGGGCUACAGGUGUGUUUGUUCCCCUGGUUUCAAAAUGGACGCAACAGGCAAAGCUUGCAUUGAUAUCGAUGAAUGUGUCGAAAACAAGCAAGUCUGUGAUGGCGGUCAGUGUCGAAAUUCUCCCGGAAGUUAUACAUGUGUAUGCCCAAUUGGCUUUGUUCAAAGCAAGAUUACCAAGAUGUGUGAAGAUAUCAACGAAUGUCUUCAGGCCCCAUCUCCAUGUAUCGGCGGUAACUGUGUUAAUUUGGCCGGCAGUUUCAGGUGCGAGUGCGACACCCCCGGAACUGUUUUAGAUUCCAGUGCAAGGAUUUGCAUUGACAAUCGUCGUGGAACUUGCUGGAAGAAUAUUCGCAAUAAUUUAUGCGAGGACAACAUCAAAGGAGACACUUUGCGUUCAGAAUGCUGUGGAACUUUGGGCAAGGCUUGGGGAAGUCCUUGCGAACGAUGUCCUCCGGAUUCCGAAAGGAAAUGUCCGAAGGGAUUUGCUGCUACGACAGGGAUUCAGUGUACAGAUAUCAAUGAAUGUGAUGUUCUUCCUGGAAUCUGUUUAAAUGGCUACUGCAUCAACGCAGAUGGUUCUUACAAGUGCAACUGCCCUGAAGGAUUAUCCCUUGAUCUCUCUGGACAUCGUUGUGUCGAUUAUCGUAAAUCCAGUUGCUUCCUCGAAUACCGACACGGACAGUGUAGCAGUAAGAUGCUUGGAGUUUACCACCAAGCCAUAUGUUGCUGUUCUGUUGGGAAAGCCUGGGGUUCACCUUGCUCAGCAUGUCCACGCCCGGACACAGAGGAAUACAAGCGUCUUUGUAACCGGGAAGGAUAUGCACCCGACUUCAAACGAGACAAUUUGGAUCUAUUCACGGACAUCAAUGAAUGCGUCGAAUUCCCUACGAUAUGUUCAAACGGAGCGUGCCACAAUACACCUGGAGGCUACUAUUGUAACUGCAAGAAAGGAUUUGCCAUAGACAACACUGGACUUAACUGUACAGAUAUCGACGAAUGUCGCAUUUCGUUCGGUGUAUGUUCCAAUGGUACAUGUGUCAACACGCCUGGAGCGUUUACCUGUGAUUGCAAAGAUGGUUUUGAGGGUGUCAUGAUGAACCAGAUGUGCAUAGAUGUGGAUGAGUGUGUAAGACGUCAGCCCGCUCCCUGCCGUGGAGGGACUUGCGUAAAUACUGCAGGAGGCUUCCACUGCGAAUGUCCUGAGGGUCACGAACUCUCCCCAGACAAGAUGACAUGUAAAGAUGUUGAUGAAUGCUCCAUCGACAGCGCUGUCUGUUCCAAUGGCGUGUGUGCUAAUUACAUGGGAGGCUAUCAGUGCAGCUGUUUCAAUGGAUAUAAGCCUAAUCCAUCCAAAACCUCUUGCAUUGAUAUUAAUGACUGUGCCGUUAAUAAUGGAGACUGUAUGUCUCUUUGCAUCAAUUUACCCGGUUCUUUCAAAUGUGGAUGUGAGAUGGGAUACAUGCUUAUGCCUGAUCUGAAAUCCUGUCAAGAUGUCGAUGAAUGUCGUGAACGGGAGGAUACCUGCGGAGGUGGUGUGUGUACGAACACAGACGGAGCCUACAGUUGUCUUUGCACGGAUGGAUUGCGAUCAUCAAGUGACAACAAGCAGUGCCUGGAUAUCGAUGAAUGUGAAAAUCCUGAUAUCUGUCGAGUCGGCACAUGUGUCAACACCCAGGGUUCAUUCACUUGCAAGUGUGAUAUCGGCUAUUCCAUGCAAGAAGACAAUGGUGUUGGAUGCUACGAUACAAAUGAAUGUUUGACCGGUGAAUCCAAGUGUGAUGUGAACGCAGAGUGUUUCAACACUGAAGGUUCUUAUAAAUGUGACUGCAAACCUGGUUACAGGGGUAACGGUUUCAAGUGCAGAGAUAUCAACGAAUGCGUUCGCAACAAUGGCGGAUGUCAUCCUGAUGCAGCCUGUCUUAAUCAGCUUGGUUCUUUCAGAUGUGUCUGUGAUAAUGGAUUCAGUGGAGAUGGCUACCGAUGUGCUGAUGUUGAUGAAUGUUCCCUUAAUCCGAACUUCUGUGCGCACGGCCAAUGUUUGAAUUAUGAAGGCGGCUACAAAUGCGAGUGUGACAAGGGCUUCACCUCAACCGAUAACGACAGGUCUUGUAAAGACAUUGACGAAUGCACGAUGUUCCCGAACCUCUGCGUCUUCGGCAAAUGCGAAAACAGUUUUGGAAUGUUUAAAUGUCUGUGUAACCAAGGUUACCAGGUAGACGCUACGGGGGGUAACUGUACAGAUAUUGACGAGUGUCUCAAUCCUGACAAUUGUCUUUAUGGCAACUGUAUUAACAGUGAGGGUGGUUAUGAAUGCAGAUGUCCUCCAAAUUAUGAACUUAACCCGAGCGGAACUGGCUGUGUUGAUAAACGUCUGGGAAGCUGUUAUUUCGAAGUCGACAGGCGUCGGCGUGGGAACCGUUGCCGUACCGAAUUAUCACAAGACGUAUCGAAAGCUACUUGUUGCUGUACAAUAGGUCAAGGAUGGGCGGAGAUUCAGGGUCGAUGUGAAGCUUGUCCCCUCAAUGGAACAAGUCAGCACAAAUUGUUGUGUCCAGGUGGUCCUGGUUUCCGGCCGAAUAUUGUUACUGUCAUCCUUGAAGACAUCGACGAAUGUACUGAAAUCGAAAACGUUUGUUUGGGUGGAAGUUGUCAGAACACAUUCGGUAGUUUCAUUUGUGAAUGCCGAUCAGGAUACGCCUUGGAUUCCAGCCUCCACAAAUGCAUUGAUGUGGACGAGUGUUCUCUAAAUCCUGGACUCUGUGGAAUUGGUACUUGUAUGAAUACAGAAGGAAACUACACGUGUCAUUGUCCAGAAGGUCACCUACUCAUGCCUGACAGAAACUGUAUGGACAUGCGCAAAGGAAACUGUUACUCGAUGUAUCGUAAUGAAACAAAAUGGCCGUACAACGUUAUCUGUGAAAAUGAGUUGUCUGCCAACCUCACCAAGAAAUUGUGUUGCUGUUCAGCGGCGGGGAAAGCCUGGAACUCUCCAUGCGAAAUUUGCCCGACUCGAAACACAGAAAACUACAGAAACCUGUGUAGCGGCCCAGGAAGCAUUAUUAUGGACGAAUGUAAGAUGAUGCCACGUCUCUGCAUGAACGGACGCUGUAUCAACACACCCCAGGGUUUCCGCUGCGAAUGUGAUCGCGGAUUCCUUUAUAACAAUAUCACCCACAUGUGUGAAGAUGAAAAUGAGUGCGAACGGCUGACCAGUCCAUGUGUUGGCAAUGCUAAUUGUCGCAACACGAAGGGCAGUUUUGAAUGUACUUGUCCUGUUGGGUAUCGGCUUGCUUCUAACAAACGAAGAUGUCGAGAUAUCAAUGAAUGCCGAGAGAACCCAGGAAUUUGCGCCAAUGGCCGUUGUCAGAAUUUGGAAGGCAGUUUCGGUUGUCUCUGCAAUCAAGGUUACCGGAUUGCAUCUACCAGAGAUUCUUGCGUGGACAUUGACGAAUGCACAACUCGACCAGGACUCUGCAGAAAUGGAACAUGUGUCAAUGAAGCUGGCGGGCAUACAUGUUUCUGCGAUAACGGAUUUACACUGACUGAUAACAAGGAUUGUUUUGAUAUCGAUGAAUGCCGUACAUUGAUCGGAAUUUGUCAAAAUGGACGAUGCUUAAACACGGUGGGUAGUUUCACAUGCGAUUGUCAAACUGGAUACCGGUUAUCAUCCGAUCACCAAAAUUGUCUCGAUAAUGAUGAAUGUUCGGACAAUCCUGGUAUUUGUCGAAGAGGUAAAUGCCAUAACAUGGAAGGCUCAUUUGAAUGUUCAUGCUUGCCUGGCUAUAGACUUUCACCCAAUGGCGAUGAAUGUAUCGACAUUAACGAAUGUAGAACUGAAGCAAAUAUUUGUUACGAUGGAACUUGUACCAACACGGACGGCUCGUUCAUUUGCACAUGUCAAAAGGGCUUUGUGCUAAGUCCAGACGGAAGAAAAUGUCAAGAUAUGAGACGUGGUUUCUGCUACCGUAAAUUCGAAAAUGAUCGCUGCUUUGAUCCAAGCAGUAUGAACAUGACACGCUCGGAAUGUUGUUGCAGUCUUAGCGUAGCCUGGGGAGGUGUACACUGCGAGGUGUGCCCUAACCCUUUAGAAGAGGCACACAAGAGAUUAUGUCCCAACAUCGGUCGAAUAGAAAUGAAUGGCGUCCUACACGAUAUCAACGAAUGUAUGAUGUAUCCUGAUUAUUGUAAAAAUGGCCGCUGUAUCAACACAGAUGGUUCGUUCCGCUGUGAAUGUGCGACAGGCUUUGUCGUGGAUAAAAGUAAAACCAACUGCAUUGACGAGAAUGAGUGUUUGUCAGAGAACGUUUGCGGCAGAGGAAUAUGUACCAACAAAAUAGGUGGAUUUUCUUGUUCUUGCGAAGAUGGCUACGGUCCAGGACCUGAUGGUACAUGUGAAGAUUUGAAUGAAUGUCAGACGGAAUUAAACAAAUGCGCUUUCCGUUGCGUCAAUACUCCGGGUUCAUUCAGGUGCAUUUGUCCCAUUGGCUACAGACUGGCAGAUGAUGGCAUCCACUGUGAAGAUGUUGAUGAAUGCCAAACUAACGCCAACAAAUGUCGCUACAACUGCAAGAAUUUGGUUGGUUCCUUCCUCUGUGUCUGUCCAGACGGUUACAAAUCAGUGGGCGUCGACCAGUGUGUAGACAUUGACGAGUGUAGGAAUGGGAACCCGUGUGGAAAUGGUCGUUGUAGGAACACCAAGGGAGGCUACCGUUGCACCUGUUAUCCAGGAUACGCGCCAAGCCGUGAUGGCAAAAAAUGUUUAGAUCUUCGAGAAGGUUACUGCUAUGAAGAACUGACAGAAGGACGCUGUGUACCUACCAGGAGCUUAUUCCGUACCCCCAGAUAUCUCUGCUGCUGUUCUGGCUUGGCUGUGGCCUGGGGUCCUUCCUGCGAACGUUGCCCUGCAAUAGGAUCUGUCACUUUUGCCGACAUCUGUCCAAAUGAGAUAGGAUAUCUUCCAAAUGGCACGGAUAUCAAUGAAUGUGAAGUAAUGCAAAACAUUUGCAAAAACGGACGUUGCACAAACCGCAUUGGUUCAUUCACUUGCAUCUGUAACGAAGGAUACAAAACAGAUACGACUGGGCGAAACUGUGUCGAUAUUGACGAAUGUCUGCAAAGACCUCCUCCCUGUCAGCAUAUGUGCCAGAACAGAGAAGGCGCAUUCAUCUGCACGUGUCCCAUCGGCUAUGUGCUCAAUAUGGAUGGACGUACCUGUCGAGAUAUUGACGAAUGCACGACUGGUCAACAUAACUGUCCCUAUGGCUGCAUAAAUACAGUGGGAAGCUACACCUGUGGAUGCCCUGAUGGACUUCGCGAAGGACCCACUGGAAACUGUGUUGAUAUUGAUGAAUGUGCUGAGAAUCGUCAUUUAUGUAGCCGUGGUACGUGCAAAAACACAGAGGGCAGUUUCAAAUGCAUCUGCCCACGAGGAUAUGUUGUUGACAAAACUGGAACCAAGUGCGUAGAUUUGGAUGAAUGUGAGCAUGGCUUUUGUGAUGAAAACUGUGAAAACAUGCCUGGAAGUUACCAUUGUGAAUGUCCUCCGGGCUACAGCGAACAUGUCUACUGGAAGAGCUGUGUGGAUAUUGAUGAGUGCGGGAUGGGAACUGUAUGUGGUGAUGGUUCCUGUAUUAAUGUUGCUGGUUCUUACAACUGCCACUGCCAAACUGGAGCAAACUUUGAUCAACAGCAAGGUUCAUGUAGAUUUGGGGGUAACUUUGAUGUCUGUAGUAACAGCCCAUGCCUCUUUGGCUGUUCACCAUAUGGUUCAUCUGACUAUGUUUGUGGCUGCCCCACAGGCUACCAACGCAUUGGACAAGGCCACUGCAUCUCGACCAUUUCUCCAGCUAAUAUGAGCAGCAGCAGUAGUAGCAUCAACUUUCCAGAGGGAGUACAAUUACCCCACAUUCCUGGUCCCCCAGAUGGUGCUCUUCCACCUGGAGAAAUCUGUUAUUCAUGCAAUGUUGGUGACCUUCCUUUGUCUAUCUCCAAGCGAAGUAUUGAUGAUGCAUUAAACAACAAAGCUACAAGUGACACAACUGCUACAGUAAAAGACAAAAUCUUUGGUCCACCAAUCAAUAAACUGGAACAUACUAAAGACCUUAAGCUGCAAGAUCAGAGCACAAAUUCCAGUGUUAGUGAAGAUGACAAGAAGCCAAAAGUUCAUCUUCACACAGGAGCACCAGAGCAAACCAUAGCAAUUAAAGUGAAACAAAGUCAAGCACAUCACCAUGCAAAAUUGAUCAAGAUGCAGCCAGCCCUUAGUCCUCUUCAACACAAUGUUCAUUAUCGCAUCGUUCCUGGUCCAGACAGCGACCAGUUUGUCAUGCAUGAACAUAAAAACAUCAGCUCAUUGAGAUUUAAGCAGAGAAUUAAGGCCCCAAAAAUGUUCCACCUGGACAUCGAGUGCACACCUCUUGUCAGCAAUGAGGAGUUUAAAGGAGAGAAGAUUCACUUGGGGACCUCCAUCAUACACCUCAACAUUUAUGUGCACUGA